AUAAGGACCAGACAGGAGCCGUGAUUGGCAAGGGAUGCUGUGAGCUUCAGGGCACUUGCCAGAGGGGCAGAGGAAGGCAGGAGAGGUUGUCUCGGAAGAAAAGGUCAUGCUUUGUCUGAAGACACUUCUGUUUCUCUUCUUACUCCACACACAGCUUGCCAAGGCCCUUCCGGUACCUCCUGAAGACCUGGAAGAGAAAAAUGCAAAAUCUGUUGAGAGUUACCUACGAAGAUUCUACCACUUACCAAGCGCUCAGUUCCGGUCUGCAAGGAGGAACAGCACCAUGGUUGCAGAGAAGCUGAGGGAAAUGCAGCGCUUCUUCGGCUUGGCAGAGACAGGGAAGGCAGAUGCCGAUACUCUGGAGAUGAUGGGAAAGCCUCGCUGUGGAGUGCCUGACACUGGUGACUUCAUGCUAACUCCAGGAAGCCCCAAGUGGACACACACUGACCUGACCUACAGGAUUAUAAACCAUACCCCACAGCUGUCAAAGGACACAGUGAAAACAGCAAUUGAGAAAGCCUUUCGAGUUUGGAGUGUGGCAUCACCCCUGACCUUCACCGAGAUCUCACAGGGAGAAGCAGACAUCAACAUUGCUUUCGUCCCAAGAGAGCAUGGUGACAAUUCUCCAUUUGAUGGACCCAAUGGGAUCCUGGCCCAUGCCUUUCAGCCAGGUCAGGGUAUUGGAGGAGAUGCACAUUUUGAUUCAGAAGAAACAUGGACUCAAGAUUCCAGAAAUUACAACCUGUUUCUUGUGGCUGCUCACGAAUUUGGCCAUUCCUUAGGACUCUCUCACUCCACUGAUCCUGGUGCCUUGAUGUACCCAAACUAUGCUUACAGUGACCCCAGCACCUACUCACUGCCUCAAGAUGACAUCAAUGGUAUUCAGACACUCUACGGACCUUCAAACAGCCCUAUCCAACCUACUGGGCCCAGCACCCCUACAUCCUGUGAUCCCCACCUGAGAUUUGAUGCUGUCACCACACUCCGUGGGGAGGUUUACUUCUUUAAAGACAAGUACUUCUGGAGGCGGCAUCCUCAGCUGAGGGAAGUUGACCUCAAUUUCAUCUCUCUAUUCUGGCCAUUCCUGCCCAGUGGCCUUCAGGCUGCUUAUGAGGAUUUUGAUAGAGACCUAGUUUUCCUAUUUAAAGGCAGACAGUACUGGGCUCUAAGUGGCUACGACAUUCAGCAAGGUUACCCCAGGGACAUAUCCAACUAUGGAUUUCCAAGCAGCGUCCAAGCCAUUGAUGCAGCUGUUUCCUACAGAGGGAAGACAUAUUUCUUCGUGAACAACCAAUGCUGGAGAUAUGACAAUAACAGAGCAUCUAUGGACCCAGGCUACCCCAGAAGCAUAUCAAGUGCUUUCCCGGGAAUAAACUGCAGAGUUGAUGCAGUUUUCCUACAGGACUCCUUCCUCCUCUUCUUCAGUGGACCACAAUAUUUUGCAUUUAAUCUUGUCACUCACAGUGUCACUAGAGUUGCAAGAAGCAAUUUAUGGCUUAACUGUCCAUACAGUUGA